AUGGGUUAUGCUCCCGGUUAUGCUAAUCUUGAGCAUUCGGUGUUCCCGGAUAGAGCGAUUGCACGGGAAAUGAUGAAACUACAAGUAAGGUGCGUGUAUUAUGGAUGCGACUGGGACGGAUAUUUCCUACAGUAUAAGGAGCACAGAGCGUCGUGUGAAUUCUGCGUUAUAAGUUGUCCCGUUGAAGGAUGUAGUCAGGAAAUACAAAGACGCAACCUGUCAAGACAUAAAAAGGACGAAUGUUAUAUGCGUAAUACAAAAUGUCAACACUGCAAUGAUGACUUCAUAUAUCGCGAUCUAAAGACUCAUCAUACCCGUUGCCUGAAAAUGAAAGUUUCUUGCGAUUGGUGUGGAAUUGUAAUGUUACGAGAGAAGAUAGAGAAGGACGAACAAAGUAUCCACAACAAACAAGCUGCUCAGCACCAUAUACAUCUACUGCUCCAAACGAUACUGGCGAUGGAUAAGAUGAAAGUUAACAUUAACGAGUACAGUACACAGAUUCAACAGAUGACAACCUUGUUAGAAUCGCAGAAAACAAAAAUUCAGAACUUGACGCAAACAACGGGAAAUCUUGAGAACCAGGUAGGGCAGUGUGCUAAUCAGCUAGCCAGAAAAACUGUCGGAGCUGGAAUGAAAGAGGCGGUUAAUAACUGGCAGACAAAGAUAAAUGAAUUAAGAGCAAACAUUGUUAAGUUAGAAAAGAAGCUAGAAACAUAUGAGGCUAUAGUGUCUGUGUUAUCACGCGAAGCAGAAUGCACUGGUGGUAAUUUAAAGUUUGUGCAACGCCAAGGAGAUCAGUUUAAAGAACAAAUUCGGAUAUUAGAAAAUAAUUGCAAAUCACAAGAUCGAAUAAUAGCACAAAAGGAUGUCUCAUUGGCGGAACAAGAUGUACGGAUACAGGCACUUGAGAUGACGUCAUACGACGGUAUAUUGCUAUGGAAAAUCACCGAUUUUGCUAGGAAGAGACGUGACGCCAUUUCCGGCCGUACACCAUCUAUAUAUUCUCCGUAUUUCUUCACCAGUCACCAUGGUUACAAAUUAUGUGCAAGGCUCUAUUUGAAUGGGGAUGGUAUGGGGAAGGGAAAUCACGUAUCCCUGUUCUUUGUAGUGAUGAAAGGGGAGUAUGACGCAAUCUUAAAAUGGCCAUUUAGACAGAAAGUCACUUUGAUGUGGUUGGAUCAAUCUAAUAGGGAACACGUGAUCGAUGCGUUCCGACCAGAUCCCUCAUCGAAUUCAUUCAAACGUCCAACAGGUGAUAUGAACAUUGCAUCCGGAUGUCCUUUAUUCAUGCCACUCAGUGUUAUUGACAAUCGUAGAUGCGAAUACGUGAAAGAUGAUACCGCAUUCAUCCGUAUUAUUGUCGAUAUAACUGACUUAGUUUAA